AUGGCACACCUUUCGUUGUUUCUUUCCCUUCCCCUCUUCCUCAACAUUAUCAUGAUAACCUUCCUUGUUCCUGCUACAGCCGCCAUUUCCAGCUGCAAUGAUCCCUGUCGAACCCUUGAUGACUGCGAGGGUCAGCUCAUAUGCAUUAAAGGCAAAUGCAAUGACGACGUCGAACUCGGAACCCACACCUGCAGAGGAAGAAGAACCUCUCCUUCCCCAUCUACGAGUAUUCACGGUUGUCAUCCUUUUGGAACUCUAAAAUGUAACGGCAAGUCUCACCCCACGUACAGGUGCUCUCCUCUGGUCACGACUUCGAUCCGAGCCAAACUAAUAAGCAACGACUUCAGUGAAGGGGGUGACGGUGGUGGUCCAUCAGCAUGCGACGGGCAGUACCAUGAUAACAAGGAGAUGAUUGUAGCAUUGUCCACCGGGUGGUACAACGGAGGGUUGAGAUGCGGGAAGAUGAUAAGAAUAACAGUGAGUAACGGGAGGAGUACAAUGGCGAAGGUGGUGGAUGAGUGCGAUUCCAUGCAUGGUUGUGAUGCAGAGCAUGCAUAUCAGGGGCCAUGUGAUAUUGAUACCGUUAAUGGUUCGGAAGCUGUGUGGAGUGCUUUGGGGAUUGAUACAGAAGAAGGUGUUGCGAAUGUAACUUGGUCCAUGGUUAGCUAA